AUGCGUUGGUUCCUAGCAUUAUUAUUAUUGAGUAAAUUGGUAAUUUCAGUUGAAUAUGAUUAUGGUUUAGAUACUCCAAUCAAAUCACAAUGGAAAAUGCUUCCAUACUUCAACCAUACUAAUAAUAAACCACAAUAUUUAAAUUCCCUGGCUAUACCAUCUACUAUUAUUCAAGCUUCACAAUUACCUUCCGAAGAACCAGAUAUUACUGUUGAUCAACAAGAAAAUGAAAAUACAGAUUAUAUCAUGGAAAGUUCACAUUAUUAUAUUCACCCACAAUCAAGUAUUAGCAAAUCAUUUUCAGAUAUUGCUUCAAAAUCUAUAGGUGAAUAUAAUUCAAUUGAUGAAUUGUUAGAAACAAGUGAUAGUUCUGAAAUUCCAGAUAAUGAAAAUGAAUCUAAAGGUUCUUCAAAUAUUGAUCCAUUUGAAACUUCUGAUAUAGACAUACCAAUUGAUUCUUAUGAAACUUCAACAAGUGAAAUUCCUGAACAAUCAUUAGAUAUUGAAAUUUUUGAAACUCUGGAAAUUUAUGAAUCACUAGAAAUAAGUUCCGCAGAAAUUUAUUCUUCAGAAUAUGAAAUUCCAGAAGAAUCAAGUGCAAGUGAAGUUGUUAUUGAUUAUUCAUUUUAUUGGAAUUCUAGUAUCAAAUAUGAAAGAACUACUACCAAAAAGGUAUCAUUUACUACGACUGAAAAAGAACAGUCCAUUCAUACGAAAACAAGUUAUAUUCUUAGUGAAGCUAUUGUUAUUCCUGAUAAACCAGUUUCUAUUAAUGAAGUGUCUUCAUCUUUCGUACCAAUCGAUCAACAAUCAAUAAUUACAAAGUAUCACUGA